UGGGGCAAACUUAGUGAAUAGAAGACGAGCGGACUAAACAUCGAGCUAAUGGACAAAAAGAUUAGUUCUUUUCAAGACCAGCUGGAGUACCUGCUAUUUUACGCUAACAUAACAAAGUAGUCACCCAAGCGAAGCAUUGAAUAUUGGCGAUAACGCUUCCUUGGAAGUUUUUGCGUAGUUUUAAGAGGAAAACAAGAGCUUUUGAUGAUUUCCCGUCGCGUUUGAAAGCGAUACCGUGAUCUGAUCAAGACGGCCUACUACAAAGUAGCAAUUGACGAAGAAAUUGGACUUCCUUCCAAUCGAAUUUCGCUAUCUAGGAUGGCCACCGAGGAUUCUAAAGAAACAUCAGCCCUACUCGAUCCUACGGCAUCCAUAUCCUCACUAGGGCCAUUAGAAGACGAGGAUUCAAUCCCAAAUAAACCUGAGAUCAAAACGUAUCCGCAAAGAUGGUACAUGCUGAUCGUAUUCACCCUCCUAAACGCCACAACAAACCUUCUUUGGAAUACAUGGCCGCCGAUUCAAGAGACAUGCCAGCUUGUGUUCGGCUGGACCAAGACUAAUGUCUUAAUAAUCGGGGCUUUGCAAGCCGGGGGGUCGAUUCUCAGCGUCAUCCCGUCCUCUUGGUUUAUUGAUACUAAAGGUCUGCGUGUAGCAGUUGUAACGUCCUUAUCAGUGCAGCUAGUAGGUGUGGUACUAGAGAUCCUCCCUGUUCAUCCGUACUGGGCACGAACAACUCUCAUCACAUUUGGAGAGUUUCUUAUCGCCAUUGCAGCUCCAGUGGUCCAGAAUGUUGGUGUACUGGUCCUGUCAGCCUCAUGGUUUCCACCAGAAGAGCGUAUGACUGCUACAGCUUUCGCCACUCUGGUCUCAUACUUGGGCUCUGCUUCUAGCUACGUUAUGGGGCCAUACAUGGUGCCUGAUGUAGAAACAGGGAACAUUACCUACACUACUGGCCACAAAAUAGAUAUUGACAAGCUGAGGAACCUGACUUCACCAGCACAGCUCAAAUUAAUGGAGUCCAAAAUCAAUGAGUAUAUCCUGGUCGAGUGUGUGCUUACAGGAGUACUGUUCUUCCUUGUCUGGAUUUACUUUCCAGAAAAGCCACCAACUCCGCCAAGCAUAUCAUCAUCCAAGCCAAGACUUGACUUCAUCCCUGGCGCUAAGACCUUGAUGACCAAUAAACAUUUCUUACUGUUACUUGCUAUCUUUAGCAUCAGUAAUGGAGUGAACUGGGGAUGGUCCAGUGUGCAAGAUCUGAUAUUCUCUCAUGUCGGGAUCAGUCAGAAAGCUGCAGGCUGGCUUGGUUUCUUUGGCAACAUAGCCUCUACUAUUGCUAUAGCUUUUUCCUGGUAUGCUGACCGAAUCAAGAGGUUUACCAAGCGCAUUCUGAUGGGUCUCUUUGUGAUGACCGUGUGUUGCCAGACAGUACUCACCCUUGCUUGUGAACAGGUCUUCCCUCUCACCACAACAAUAUUCUACAUCUCAGGUAUCUCUGCCAUGGUGUUCUAUUGUGGUACGGUGCCAUUGGUGAUGGAGAUGGCGGCCGAGUGCACUUAUCCAGUUGCCGAGGGCAUUACAUCUGGUGUCCUUAUCCUGUCUGUCUACACAUUCAACUUGUUCUUCUUCAUUGGCUUCAUGUUCCCUCAGGCCAGCCCUCUUUGGAUGAACUGGCUUCUUGUUAGCUCUUCAGCGAUCUGCAUUCCACUCAUCGCUUGCUUUAAAGGAAAAUACAACCGCUUGGAUGUUGACACAAAGGAAAAUUAAUUUAUAAUUGGUGUAAUGCAAAAAUGCAUUCGCUUAUUUGACAUAGGCGAAAACAAGAACUAACAAAUAAUUGGUGUCAUGAAUAAGAUAGGCACAAGCUGCAAAUGAAUGUAAUGCACUUGCAGAAUACAAAUUUCAGUACCCACUUGUUUCAAGUUUGGUCACUGACGCCAGUGAUCAAAGAAGAACACACCUAUUAUCAGUGCAGCCAUUUAUGACUUUCCAGUGAGGCUCAUGUAGUGAAUGAACACAUUUAUACAGUUUUUCAAACCUUAUUGAAAUAGGGAAGGGAGCAAGGACAUGAAAAAUGAACAUAGACAAAUGACAUGUAAUACUUCAAAUAAAGAAGAUAAUACAUAGA